CGCACUGACGUCAGCCGCGGGUGUAUAUUGGCGCGGCCCUGACGCCAGCAGGCUCUGCGGCGUGCUUCUCGGGCACUCGCGCGUUCCCCCGCCAUGGCCGACUACCUGAUCAGCGGGGGCACGUCCUACGUGCCUGACGACGGGCUCACGGCGCAGCAGCUGUUCAACUGCGGGGACGGCCUCACCUACAAUGACUUUCUCAUUCUCCCCGGAUACAUCGACUUCACCGCAGACCAGGUGGACCUGACCUCUGCUCUGACCAAAAAGAUCACCCUGAAGACCCCCCUGGUGUCCUCCCCCAUGGACACGGUCACGGAAGCGGGGAUGGCCAUCGCAAUGGCGCUGACAGGUGGCAUUGGCUUCAUCCACCACAACUGCACACCUGAAUUCCAGGCCAACGAAGUUCGGAAAGUGAAGAAAUACGAGCAGGGCUUCAUCACAGACCCCGUGGUGCUCAGCCCCAAGGACCGAGUGCGGGAUGUGUUUGAAGCCAAGGCCCGCCACGGCUUCUGCGGCAUCCCCAUCACCGACACGGGCCGGAUGGGCAGCCGCCUGGUGGGCAUCAUCUCCUCGCGGGACAUUGACUUCCUCAAGGAGGAGGAGCACGACCGGUUUUUGGAAGAGAUCAUGACGAAGAGGGAGGACCUGGUGGUCGCCCCUGCAGGCAUCACGCUGAAGGAAGCAAAUGAAAUCUUGCAGCGCAGCAAGAAGGGGAAGCUGCCCAUCGUCAAUGAAGACGACGAGCUGGUGGCCAUCAUUGCCCGGACCGACCUGAAGAAGAACCGCGACUACCCACUCGCCUCCAAAGACGCCAAGAAGCAGCUGCUGUGUGGGGCGGCCAUUGGCACCCAUGAAGACGACAAGUACCGGCUGGACUUGCUGGCCCAGGCCGGCGUGGACGUGGUCGUUUUGGACUCCUCGCAGGGGAACUCCAUCUUCCAGAUGAACAUGAUCAAGUACAUCAAAGAGAAAUACGCGAGCCUCCAGGUCAUCGGAGGCAAUGUGGUCACCGCGGCUCAGGCCAAGAAUCUCAUCGAUGCGGGUGUGGACGCCCUGCGGGUGGGCAUGGGCAGUGGCUCCAUCUGCAUCACCCAGGAAGCAGCUCCCAAGAUCCCUCCAGACAUAAAGUCCCACAGCCCCAAAUGCCCUUCUACUGUCACGGGCUGCUAUAUGCUGGCCUGUGGGCGGCCCCAAGCCACGGCAGUGUACAAGGUGUCCGAGUACGCGCGGCGCUUCGGCGUUCCCGUCAUCGCUGAUGGAGGAAUCCAGAAUGUGGGCCACAUCGCCAAAGCCUUGGCCCUCGGGGCCUCCACAGUGAUGAUGGGCUCCCUCCUGGCCGCUACCACCGAGGCCCCUGGUGAGUACUUCUUCUCCGAUGGGAUCCGGCUAAAGAAGUACCGCGGUAUGGGCUCUCUCGACGCCAUGGACAAGCAUCUCAGCAGCCAGAACCGCUAUUUCAGUGAAGCUGACAAAAUCAAGGUGGCCCAGGGGGUGUCUGGGGCGGUGCAGGACAAAGGGUCCAUCCACAAGUUUGUCCCCUACCUGAUCGCCGGCAUCCAACACUCCUGCCAGGACAUUGGUGCCAAGAGUUUGACCCAAGUCAGAGCCAUGAUGUACUCUGGGGAGCUCAAGUUCGAGAAGAGAACGUCCUCCGCUCAGGUGGAAGGUGGUGUCCACAGCCUCCAUUCGUAUGAGAAGCGGCUUUUCUGAAAAGGGAUUCCAGCAUAGUUCCUUGGUUUUUCAAUAAAAAAUUGAAAAAAGUGA